UUAUAAAUAUGAAUAUACAAUAAACAAUGGAUAUAAUGGGUUGGCAUAAAAACCUAUAGAAAAAACAAAACAAAAGGCAAACAGGAUAUCCGCUUGUACCGGAAAACCGGCUUGCCUUCAUUCUAGAGAAAUGGCUGUUCUCUGUCUUAUAAUACAUCAGCAACAAACGUUGACGUAUAGCAAAUAAUCUGUUAUAGGGGCGGAAUUAUUCAGUCGAGAGCAGUCGCUGCACUGUGUUGUGCUGUAAAAUGAUAUGAAUUUAAAUGUUGCGUUUGAGUUCAUCUCCAAUCUACAUGAAGUCUGAGUUUUGGUGUUAGCUACCCGCGAGCCGGCUAGCGUGUUAGCGGCAAAGCCGAGCGACCGAGCCACCUGUCAUCCAGCACAGCUUGCUACAGUCUGUUAAUGGCAAAUAAAUAAGAACUCAAGCAAGAGGAGAACUGUUUUUUUUUUUUUUUGUUUUGCUUUUGUUUCGGAAGAAGUGAUUAAAUCGACUAUCCCCGCGCCUAAAUGCCAGAACAAGGCCCCAGGAUGAAUGGGUUUUCUCUCGGCGAACUAUGCUGGUUGUUCUGUUGUCCGCCUUGUCCCAGUCGUAUCGCGGCCAAGCUAGCCUUCCUCCCGCCGGAGCCCACGUACUCGGUGCACACCGAUGCUAACGGGGCUACUAGCUUACAUUUAACCGAACGGGCGGACUGGCAGUAUUCCCAGCGAGAACUCGAUGCAGUGGAAGUUUUCAGCACCAGAAGCAGCCGGGGUAAUAGGGUUGGGUGCAUGUUUGUGCGUUGCGCCCCGAACAGUCGGUACACGCUGCUGUUUUCCCACGGCAACGCCGUGGACCUGGGACAGAUGUGCAGUUUUUACAUCGGCCUCGGCUCCAGGAUCAACUGCAACGUGUUCUCCUAUGAUUACUCAGGCUACGGAGUCAGCACUGGCAAACCAUCUGAGAAAAACCUGUAUGCGGACAUUGAAGCGGCCUGGCAGGUCUUGAGGAACAAGUAUGGUGUAACACCUGAAAACAUCAUCCUGUACGGUCAGAGCAUCGGCACUGUGCCCACCAUCGACCUGGCUGCUCGCUAUGAAUGUGCCGCUGUCAUCCUACACUCACCACUCAUGUCAGGGCUACGGGUGGCCUUCCCUGACACACGCAAGACGUAUUGUUUUGAUGCCUUUCCCAGUAUUGACAAGGUGUCCAAGGUGGCAUCCCCGGUGCUGGUGAUCCAUGGUACGGAGGAUGAGGUCAUUGACUUCUCUCAUGGUCUGGCCAUGUACGAGCGCUGCCCCCGUGCUGUCGAGCCCCUGUGGGUGGAGGGAGCUGGCCACAACGACAUUGAACUGUAUGCCCAGUACCUGGAGAGACUCAAGCAGUUCAUCUCCUUCGAGCUUCCCACCUCCUGAGGGGAGCUCAGCCAUCAGGCCAGGGUUCAUCUCAACACACUCAAGAAGCUUCCUCCUUAUCAUCUCCAAACUUCCUCUUUUAGCAAAGGGGGCAGGAUUAGAUUAAACUGACCACACUGUUCUCCCCUGUCCUUGGAGCCAUUUCAGGGGGAGAACAUUUAAUAGACUGGAAGAGGAGGUGGUUUUAGAUUGUUGAGGUGCAGCUGAGCUAAGACCAGUCCCAGCAAGGCGUUCAGCUUUGGCUUAAAAUGUAGUGUCCCUAAAACCUGGCUGUUUUCUCCUACAUGUGGACCCAGUUUGCCAAUGAGCCUGGGCCUAGACAGUGUUUGCACUCUCUGUUUAAUCUGGAUUCAUUUCCUACUCCAGCUCACAGCCUCCCUCCCUUCCUCUACUGACUGUCCCCUCACCUUUUCUGUGUCAGUGUCUCUCACUGUGAGCUUCGGUUUGUCACAUUUCCUUAUUGUUCCCUCUGCCUCUCCCUAGAUCCCUGCUUUCCUUUUGACUGAGAGUCUUUGCAAUGUUCAAGCUUGAUUUUUGUAUUCUUUUAUACCAGGUGAAGAAGUAUCAAUUUUGCACCUCGAGAUACAAUUGAAGUUUUUUACUUUUUAUGUGUUUUUAAGUUACCAUUCAGGGUUGAUUAAACAGAUGCACUUUUAAUGUGCAAACAUUUUCAGGUAAUGAUUUUUUUCUCUGUUUGAAGAUGUAUAUGUUGAUUUCUUCUGUUAUUGGCAUUCCUUGUUUUUUCUUAAUUGCAGUUAGAACUUUUUUUUUUUUUUUUUUCAGUGUGUGUUUGUUUAAAAGCUUUUAACCAGAGUGCACCCUUGCACAUCUGGCCUUUGUAGCUGUGAUCUUUAUUGUCAUGGUGCAUGCUACUCUUGCAUACAGGGGGAAGACAGCACUAAACUUCAUUGAGACAUAUAGCAAUUUACAACAUGCUUUGCUUAUUGGCACAGACACAAAUAAUUCUAGGAGAAAAUUACUGAAGUCCUUGAUACUUUGGAACCACUGAUAAAUUCAGCACACAAACUGCAUUAUAAGGACUUACUUCAAUAAAAUGCUAACAUUUAGAAUUGGUUUGCCUAUUCACAAUAACUGUACAAAAUAUUCACCAUUAAAGGUGACGGUAAAGAGCAGUGUAAACCUGAAUUUAACAGAGGACCUAAGUGAUUAGGAGAAUUCCUCAACAGGUCAUUAUGUAAACUUUUUUUAUCUACCUGUGGAGUGGAAUACAAACACUUCCUGACAUCUCUGCACCUGGUGAACCUAUUCAUAAAAAAGUGAUAUUGCUUGAUAACCCACAGUCUAAUUAGUAUUGUCAUUUUGUGCACAUACACAUUAAAAUUCUCAUUUACCGCAUCUGUAAAAUUGUGUCACAGCAGGUGUGUACCUUUGCCACUAAGCAAUGCAGCAAUGAAUAUCCCAGAUGUUGGGUAAUAUAGAAGCUUACCUCAAUAGAAGAGAGCGCAGCAGGUAUCAGGGAUGUACUUUUGUCAACUGGAGAUCAUAUGGUAAUAAGACUUGACAGCUGCUUCAAACAGGAACACACUUGUCUCAGUACUGUAAACUGAAGCCGGAGCGUGGUGCUGCAGUACCUGCAGACAAAAGACACUGAACUGUGUGCCCUGCUCCAUGUGAAGGUAUUCGAGGUGAAUAUGCUGUUGCUGGCUUUGGGUGUGUAUUUCAUUUAUCAGUCAUUUCACACUAGAAAUAAAGCCUUACGUUCGUAAACAUUUCACCCAGACAUUCCUGGUGACUACAUCGGGGCUCUUGUGGUCUUCAGGGGGACUAAUAACUGCUGCUAUUCAUCAGAGGAAUUGAUCAGUCGCUCAUGUGACAGCCAGACAGUUUGGGGAAUACUGAAAUGACAGCAUGGUACUAAAACCAAAUUCAGCCUGACCACCAUCAUCCCCUUUUGUCAGCCAUGAGUUCCUGUCUGCAGUAGGAGAGGAAUCAGCCAGGGAUGCCCUCGUUUACCAACACUGUUGUCGGAUGAGCCUUGUGACAGUUUGGAGUUCGAGCUGGAAUAAGAGCAAAGACAUCUGAAAGAACCAUGGAGGGAAAAUGGAAUGCUGUGAAAAUAAGCAGGACAUGCAGACCACCUCUUAUAGUUGUGGACAUUUCUACUUGUGUCAACUGUAUUUGAAUUAAUUAUUUGCCCCCUAAAAAUGGGGGGGAAAACACUAAACAAUGACGUUUCAAUCACACUGAAGUAAAACACCAAAAUAAGUAAAACACUAUCAGAUUGAAGUGAAAAUGUUUUCAGAGACAGCUUUAGUUUGAGGGAUAUUUGCAUAGCAACUUGUGAUGAUCGUUUGACUGAUCCGUGUAUUGCUGUGAAGUGGUUUGUCAGUUGGGUAUUAAUGUUUUCUGAUUAUAACUAAUGUUGGGCCGAUACUCUGGAUAAUGAGCCCUUGAUCAUCUCUAGUAUAUUUCCUCUAGCUCCUCUUUUUCAAGGAAAUUAAGACCCUGCUUUGGUCCUGAUUAUUGUUUUGAUACUGACAUUUUUACAAGGCUUUCCAGUCUAAAUGUUGAUAGAUUUAGACUGUCUCUGAAGCUGGUUUGUAUGAUAAUCCUCCAUAAUGGUAUACUUCAAUAUCUUCUCUAUACAUAUUAACCCUUACACAGGGCAGUAUAGUCUCAUUGAUUUUAACACUGGAUUCAUGAUAUGCAAAUGAAAAGCAGAUGAUGCUAGUAGAAACAUUUGAUUUUGUAAUAGUGUGUAAAACAGAUGAAAUAAGCCUUAAAUAUGCCAUGAAACAGAUUGUCAUACAUGUGAUGGUUGUUGCAAGAAAGCAGCACAAUGGAUGUUUUAAUGCUUAUAAUGGAAUAAAGGAUGCAUGGAA